GCACAGGCGCACUGAGCCCUCAACUGCCAUUUUGUGCCAUAAGCUACUUUGCUAAAGCGGGAGAGGAAAUAAAAAAUCUGCGAAGACUAUCAACUAGCAAUGUAAACUUUUUAGCACACACUCUGCGUCCAGCUGGGAGCACAGGGGGAAGAAACGCGUUAAAACGGGUAAAGUAUCACUACUUUUCUGACGGGGGGAGUUUGCAGGAUCUUUAUUCGGCCUCUAGGUGUCACGAUGGGGCUCUGGGAACUGGCAGCUCGUGGGAGAGUGUUUGUCUCCCUCUAUCGCUUUUGAAAAACUCAUCGAAAGAUCCGAAAAGAGAAUAAAUAAACAAUAAGCUGUUUGUUUGUGGUGUUAAUCUGCAUACAGAUGAAAUGGAUCAUUCGUCGAUUUCGUUAAGAGUCCAGACAAACAAGGCGUCCAUUUUCGCUCGUCUUUGUCUUCCGUGUCUUCACUAAGCGACGCGCUGUCGGGUUUUAGCUAGCACACAGAAAGCUGCCUUCACAAACACAAACGAGCUGGAAACAAGGGCCGUGAGGCUGCGACGCGUCCCUGUCUGAGUUGUGUUUGAGCCGCUGUUGUUAGGCGCUCCAGCUGCUUUAAUGUGAAGGAAGUCCCGUCAGAGCUAGGCGGCUAAUGCUAGCUCAGGCUUACGGCCUUCCCCACACUGCUGCUUCAGUCUCAAAAGCCUUCAAAUAACCGAGCAAACGUUUAAUUUCUUCUUUCAUUUCCCCGAAUACUGUUGUUGUUAGUCCAGGGAGGAGCGUCCAUAGGCGGAAAUAAGGAGCCAGGCCAACGCGGAAGAGAAUGACGGCGGUAAAAACCUCCCUGCUCCGCUCGCUCCAAACCCUAAUUUAACAUUAGACGUCCCUUCAUGUCUCCCGUCCUCCAUUGUAUACCGCAACGCAACCUGUCUGUUGUCUGACUGCUGGGACGAAGUGGGACUUGGCGGCUGUUGUCGCCCCACUCGCCGCCAUAUGCUUAAGCCCACCUGGAGUCUGACAGAGAGAGCUCCCUCUACGACUCGGCUGGGAGAGCUACAAAAAUACCGCUGGACUCUAAAUGCAACACAAGAAGCAGAGACUGUCACUGAGGUCCAGACGUGUCCCCGGGCCUUUACCGAACCACCCAGCUGCUAUACAGGUCCACACUUCAGUGCAGGGUAACGGGGGAGCGGGUGGAGCCUAUCUGGACACGUGAUCUGGCUAGAGCAUGAACGGGGAGUCAGCAGAUGAUGGCGGGGUGGUGGACGUCCCGACCAUUCAGGCCGUCCACGGCCACGAUGCCAUGGUGGUGGACCUCCUUCAGCACGUUGCCGAUGCUGGCGGUGUGAUGCAGGGACAAGCUGGAGUCACGCUCACACAAGGCCACGUGGUGGGAAUGGUAGCCAGCCAAUCACAGGAGGAGCUGAUAGAAGCUCGGGUGGGGGUUGGUGUAGAAGGCGGAGCCGGAGUUGAGAUGAUGGUGAUUGACUCACUGGAUCCGACUCUGAUGCAGAUGAAGACGGAAGUAAUAAACACUGAUGUGGGGGCCUCCACCACUACAGUGGGUGUGGUCGGGGGUGUCGCUCAUCAAGCUGCUGUCACAACAGUGGACCAGGCCCAAAUCAUCACCCUCCAGCUGGUAAACAUGGAGGAACAAGCAGCCUUGGGCCUGGGGGAACUCCAGCUGGUCCAGGUGCCUGUGUCGGCCUCUGCCGUGGAAACCCUGCAGCAAGGCACAUUCGUGGACACUUCUGCCAUGCCGAAGGACGGAGAUCCAGUCAUCUGUCACACGCUGCCUCUCCCCGAGGGCUUCCAGGUGGUGAAGGUUGGAGCUAAUGGGGAGGUGGAGACAGUAGAGCAGGAGAAGGGAGCAGACGGCCAUGAUGAAGAAGAGGAGGAGGAGGAGGAAGAGGAGGAGGAGGUGGGAAACCAGAUCCUGGACGAAGCAGAAGAUGAGCCUGUUCAGCCUUUGAAUGAUGACCCAAGCUGGGCUAAAGACCCAGACUAUCAGCCUCCCUCUGUGGGGGUCAGAAAGACCAAGAAGGGUAAGAAGAGUCGUCUGCGUUAUGCUGAAGGCGACAAGGACAUGGAUGUCAGUGUCUAUGAUUUUGAGGAGGAGCAGCAGGAAGGCCUCCUGUCAGAGGUGAAUGCAGAGAAAGUAGUCGGCACCAUGAAGCCUCCCAAACCCACCAAGAUCAAGAAGAAAGGGGUGAAGAAAACCUUCCAGUGUGAGCUGUGUAGCUACACCUGCCCUCGGCGCUCCAACCUGGACCGACACAUGAAGAGCCACACCGAUGAGAGGCCGCACAAAUGCCACCUGUGUGGACGAGCCUUCAGGACCGUGACUCUGCUGCGAAACCAUCUCAACACUCACACAGGGACUCGCCCACACAAGUGCACAGACUGUGACAUGGCUUUUGUGACCAGUGGAGAACUGGUUCGCCAUCGGCGCUACAAACACACUCAUGAGAAGCCCUUCAAGUGCUCCAUGUGUGACUACGCCAGUGUGGAGGUGAGCAAGCUGAAGCGUCACAUCCGUUCCCACACGGGCGAACGGCCCUUCCAGUGCAGCCUCUGUAGCUACGCCAGCAGAGACACAUACAAGCUGAAGAGACACAUGAGGACGCACUCAGGAGAAAAACCCUACGAGUGCUACAUCUGCCACGCCCGCUUCACCCAGAGUGGAACUAUGAAGAUGCACAUUCUGCAGAAACACACAGAAAAUGUGGCCAAAUUCCACUGUCCUCACUGUGACACAGUCAUCGCACGCAAGAGCGACCUGGGCGUGCAUCUUCGGAAGCAGCAUUCCUUCAUAGAGACGGGAAAGAAGUGCCGUUACUGCGAUGCUGUGUUUCAUGAACGUUACGCUCUGAUCCAACACCAGAAGUCCCAUAAAAAUGAGAAACGCUUCAGGUGUGAUUUGUGUGACUACUGUUGCCGCCAGGAGCGCCACAUGGUGAUGCACCGUCGCACCCACACUGGAGAGAAACCGUACGCCUGCAGCCAGUGUGAGAAGACCUUCAGACAGAAGCAGCUCCUGGACAUGCACUUCAAACGCUACCACGACCCCAACUUUGUCCCCGUGGCUUUUGUUUGCUCCAAGUGCAGCAAGACCUUCACACGCAGGAACACCAUGGCUCGCCACGCUGAGAACUGUAACGGCGAGGUGGAUGAGGCCGAGAACGGAGGUCCCACCCCAAAGAAAGGAGCGCGAGGAAGAAAGAGGAAGAUGAGGAACAGGAAAGACGAGGAGGAUAGUGAGGAGGAUUACUUUGAGCAGGACGAAGAUGAGGGUGAGAAUAAUGCUGAACUUCUGCAAGAGGAGGAAGAAGCAAACAGCCUAGAACUAGAACAAGCUCCUAAUGUUGUCCCGGUACCACCUCCUGAUGAGCCUCCAGUCAAGAGGAAACGAGGCAGACCCCCAAAGAACCCCAAACCUUGGACUUCCAGCAAGGCUGUGAAACCAGCGGCCGAAGCAGCAACUUCAGCUAUUGACAUCAUCCAGGUGGAGAGUGAGAGUGCUGAGGCAAUGACAGAGGACGUGUUGAAGGUGGAGGUGGGUGAAGGAGGAGCGGAGACUCCUGUGGAGCAGGAGGUGGACCAGACUGUGGAGGAGGUGGAGGAGAUUGCAGCAGCUGCUGCUGACAAUGAUCUGACCCCAGUGAUGAUUCUGAGCAUGAUGGACCGAUGAACACACGCCCAAGUCACAGCUUUCUUUCAUCCUUUUUUCAGUUCUGAAUAAGUUCUGGUGGAUUUUUUAAUCUUCAUUCUGAAAUCAGGUCCUCUCUCUCUCUCACACACACACACACACUUAUUAAAUUAUCUGCUGGUGAAACACAUGCUACCCCACAAUCUUACUGUCAGGAUUGUAGAACAUACCGAAAGUGAAAUUGUGUUUCUGUCUCUCUGGGACUUACACUACAGAGGACACAGAUUGGGGGGGGUCCUGUCUUUGUGUGAAUCACUAGUGAAAUCAGUGGGAGACGGUUUGGUCUUUAGAGGCUGUGUUUUUCCACCUGAAUCAUUUAGUUUCAGCACUUGUUAUGUUGAUGUUUGUCCGUUUUAGGUUUUUAACUGCAGAAGAGUAACCAGAUUAUGAUUUCGGAGUCGUCUCAGGCUCCAACCACAACGUUUAAAAGACAAGAAUAUCUCCUUCUGCCUGUAAUCAUCCUUAAUUCUUGAUUAAAUUGCUUUCAUCUUGA